AUGAUCCUGCCACAACGACUACGACGAUCCAUUACCAUUAUAACCACUCCACUAUUACUAUCACUGUUGUUGACCACUCUUAGUUACAUCGAAGAAAGCAACGCAUCAGCAUUGCCAGACCCAACCAAAUUCUCAGCCAACUGCUUCUGCAAAGGUGGUAAAGGUGCCGAUUUCGCCGGGUACAACGGACGAGCAACAAGGACUUGCUGUGACAGCAACGAAAUGGGCUUCUACUUUACCUUCUUAGAUUUCUGUAUCAAAGUCGAUCCAGCCCGUCAAAACGAGUAUAAGGAUUGUUGUACACUCAAUAACGCUAUGGACGCCUUCUGCUCUGGCCCAGCACCCAACAUCUUCCCGGAAACAUAA